AUGGCUCGUGAGGAUCCAUACGACAAGCCGUUAGAUCCAGAAGACGUCAAGCGAUGUCUUCAGAAGGUUCGCCAGAAUCAAGCGGCCAAGUCGCAAGGCGAAGACCAAACAUCUCCUGACGCAUCUUCUCCAACUGUUCCUUCAAAUACUAAAAGACCAGAGAAAGAAAAAUGUCUGAAUUUCUGA